CGUCGAUCAUCCUUGCCCCACAUGUCCAUCCAGGAAGAGAAGAAGUCUGAAUCCUAUGCAGAAAAUGUGGUCGCAGUGUCGAAUGAAGAUGAUGACUUCAGGCUGUUGACUGCAGACGCCAGGAAGGCGGGAGAACGGGCACUGGUACGCAAACUGGACCGCCGGCUGAUGCCCACUGCUGUGGUCAUAUUCAUCUUGAACUACAUUGAUCGUGUCGCUGUUACUACUGCGCGGCUGCAAGGUUUAGAGCAAGAUCUCGGAUUGACCACCGUUCAGUAUGAAACCAUUCUGGCUAUCCUUUAUGCUACUUAUUGCCCGGCACAAAUACCCUCGAACAUGAUUUUGGGCUAUAUUACACGACCAUCAAUUUAUAUUGGGGCCUGUGUUGUUGGAUGGGGCCUUACAAGUGCUUUGACUGGGGUCACAACUAAUUUUUCGGGCAUCAUGGCUUGCCGUGUAUUCAUUGGUGUUCCUGAGGCUGCGUUCUAUCCUGGUAUCAUGUACCUGCUUUCGCGAUGGUAUACCAGGAAGGAGCUCGCCCUGCGAUCCGCCGCAUUCUAUUGUGGUUCUUUAAUCUCGAAUGCAUUCGGAAGCUUAAUUGCAGCUGGAAUUCUCGCAAAAAUGCAAGGCGGCGCCAUCACCAUGUUUUUUGGCUUCUUGACCAUGUGCCCCCAUAACACUCGAUGGCUUAACGCAGCGGAACGCCGCUUGGCUCAAGUUCGCCUUGCAGAAGAUGCAGGGGAGGCCGACAAGGAUUCCGACAACCUCACCAUUUACGACGGCUUAUGGCUAGCUAUCAAGGAUCCAAAGACCAUCAUUUUCAUGUUCAUGACCUGCGCGCAACUUCUAGGCCUGAGUUUCACAAACUUUUUCCCCACCUUGACUGGCACGCUUGGUUUCAACACUACUAUCACACUUUUGAUGGCGGCUCCUCCGUGGAUAUUCACGUCAGCUUGCUGCGUAAUCAGUGCAUGGCAUGCAGAUAGGGCUGGAGAGCGAUUCUUCCAUAUCGCCGGCUGGUGGUGGGUGGUCAUUCUUGGAUAUAUCAUCUCUCUAUCCACCAUGGCUACGGGCGGGCGAUACUUUUCUUUGUUCCUCAUGACCACGGGAUAUUGUGGAUUUGCCUUGACGUUGGCCUGGGUUGCAAAUGCCAUUCCUCGUCCACCGGCAAAACGCUCCGCGGCCAUUGGUCUUGUCAAUGGAUUUGGAAACCUGGGCAAUUUGAUUGGGUCGUAUGUCUGGAACGCUUCGUGGGGUCCUGAAUACCAUCAAUCCAUGAUCAUAGCAUUGUGCAGUCUCGUUUUGUCCACAGCCCUGGGGUUCCUGAUGCGGUGGAUAUUAAUCAAAGAGAAUAAGAACAUGGACAUGGAGGAGAAAAAUAUGAUGGAGGGCCCUGGCCGCGAACGUAUCGAAGAGGCUGCUAGAUUGGAAGGGAUUACAUUCGAGGAGGCUGUGAAGAGAAGGAAGGGCUUCAGGUAUCUGUAUUGAUCUUUUUUGCUUCAGAUCAGUUUCUUAGGGUCAUUGACGCUAUGUUGGAUUUUAACUCGUCAUAAGCCUGAGCUUUCUUUUUGUUAGCUGGAUUCUAUCGGGGGAAGAGACUGACUGGUAAUGCAUUGAUACUAGGAUACUUUAAGAGACGCUUGAGUCAUGUACCAUAGAUAGAGCAACUUGGACUCCUGUAACUUGAUUGGAUUUUGUACACUAAUUUGUAUACCCAUGCUUCACGCGGUGUAACGCUCGUCAAAAGCCAUCGUCGGCUACGCGAUGAUGGCCACCAAUUUCCUCGUCAUCACAGUCAUUUCUUCAUAGUUACCUUCGUUCUUUUAGAUUCUCUGACAUUCUAUGCCCUACAGUAUUUAAGCACGUAGUUUACUUAGUUGUAGGGCAGUUGAUCUUAUUC